UAACAACAAAGUGUUAAUAUAAUACUUUAGGUUGAGUAUUACUGCUAAUUAAGAUGAAGCACCAACAAGUGAACGUGGACUACUGGACGAUGGGCAAAACGAUGAUGGUGUACGCGUUUCUGGCGGUGCUGGUGUGGCUCAUGUUGAGACUGUUCCAAGUGGCAUUCAUGCUGCCGCGGCGACUCCGAGCGCAGCAGUACAAUGUUCAGAACGCUUUGAAACAGCUUCAGGAGAGGUAUCCCGAUCUGAAUAUAACGCAAGAGGAAAUAGACAAUUUAGAGACUGACGUGGAAAAGAUGCUUAAUGAAGACGACGAUGAAAACAAAACAGAAGCAGAGAAAUCUAAAACCGCCGUUAUAGAAGAAAACAAGAAGGAAUUAUAAAUCAGAUGACGUAAACGACUUCUAAGAUUCCUAAGAGUCGCGACUCAUAUUAAGAAGAUUAAGAACCACAAUUAACAAAUUUGACCUAUACCUAGGUAUGGAUUUCAUAUUGAGUGACUA